AUGGUUGAAGUCAAAGCCAAGGUUGAUGACAAUCUCUUUCGGCUGGCUAUUGUCUAUGGUAGUAACUCGGGAUCGGUUAAAAGGUUAUUGUGGAGCUGUUUUAAGGCUAAGAUCGAUGAUGGAGACCCUUGGGCUGUAUUAGGGGACUUCAAUGUUACUAUAUUUGAGAAUGAGAGGAGCCCUGAAUCUGAAAUCAUUCAAGACAUGAUUGACUUUAACGAGUGUAUUUGUGACAUUGGGUGUGUUGAACCAACCAACUCCGGUAACUUGUUUACUUGGUCCUCAAUGAGGGGUAAUGAGCAAAUCAGAAGGAGCAGGAUCGACAGGGGUCUUGUUAAUUUGACUUGGGUUGCUAAAUACCCUAGAAGCCAUGUUCAUAUUCUUAACCGGGGAAUUUCCGAUCAUUGUCCACUUAAGCUUUAUUGGGAGAAGGAAAAGAAAGUGAGACGCCCGUUUCAAUUCUUCAAGUUUUGGAUGGAAAAUGAUAAUUUUAAGGACAUACUCAACGAGGUCUGGGAUACUCAUGUGGAUGGUUCCAAGAUAUUUCGGGUCAACAUAUCCAAAAGGGUCAUGGCUGCGAGAGCUGAUAUUGAGGAGGUUCAAUCCCGAUUUCUUUGUGAUGACAUCGAUGAUCUUCUUCGGGAAAAGGAAAAAUCUACCAUUGCCAUGUUUAGAGAGCUCAGUUCUAUGGAGGAGAGUUUUGUGAGGCAGAAGUCAAGACAGAAUUGGAUAUCUCCUAAUGAUAAGAACACAACUUUCUUCUACCGGAAGUGUUCAUCUAGGAAUCUUCGGAACAACAUCCAAAGGCUUAAGAAGGAUAAUUGGGAUUUCGCACAUGGAUAG